AUGGUUUCCCAGUGCGACUGGUGUAAGAUUCUGUCCGUGCACCGCUCACUUAUGCGGAGUGUGAUGUUCAGUCCAUUGAAGAAGGCACCAGUACGUAACAACUCAGCCGUAGGUGCCCAGGCUGCCAGUCAGCGUCCUUGUGCGCAGGCCGUUCCAAAACCAAGUGCUCUCGGCAAACUCCCUCUUCGUGGGCCAGGCCUGGGGGCUCCUCUGAGUGCUCCUUCUGAAUUCAUUGUUUUGGGAGAUAUGUCUGUGAGACGCAAAGAAGAUGGAAGCGGAGAUAGCUUGCAGUCACUAGCAAGUGUAGGAAAAGAACUGAAAGAUAACUUUUUGCGGGCCCUGGCAGAAAGAGAGGAAGCCAAUCGUACUGGAAAAAUUUCUUCCAUAAUCUUCAUUCGUGACCGAAAUUCUCGUCACCAGGAAGUGUCUGCAUACAUCGACUAUGCACAUAGACUGACAACAGACAAUUUUGAAGUAUACUUCAGUGGGAAGAAAAGACUCUUCCCUCGGAACACUGAUCUGAGCUUUUACAACUGGGAUAGAAAUGUCAGCACUUCAAAUUCCAGCCCAAAUUACCAAGUGAUUGCAGAAAAUGCCUGUGGACUACUCUUCAAGAACAAAAGUGAUAGGAAAAUAAUAAAUGUGGAUCCCAAGGCCUACCCAGGAGACAACACAACACGGACGCCUGUUGAAACAAAUCUCUAUCUCCAUAUUGUUAUCUAUGACCAUAUCAUCAGAAGAGGGACCUAA